AUAAUAUAGUCAACCGAUGACUAAUAUUCUGGCAUCAUCUCUUUGUGCUGUCAAUUAUUUUGCAUUCCCUUUAUUGCGUUUCAUGUAAUUUAUUGCAGCUGCUUACACGAACACAGUGCAUUGAAUAAAAAACGAACAGUCUAGUCUCAGACUCCUAAAUACACCUACAAUCUAUACAACAAAAUGUAUUCUAUAUAUGGUUUUUUACUAACUCUAACUUUACUAAUAUCUUCUAUUCAAUAUGAUGUGACUGCUGAACCUUUAAAAUAUUGUUCACUUAUAAAGUCGUCAAACUUUAUGCUUUCCAUUCGUGAUUUGGGUCGAGCUGACUUGAAAUCGGAUCUAUAUAUGAAUGUCACAGAGGUAGAAGACCAAACUGUUGAUCAAUUUUUGAGUUACCUUCAAGAGGCAAAGAAUAUAUUAUUGAGUUCACAUAGUGCUUCGGUGAAGUUGGCGAAUGAUAAACAUUUUGCGUCUGUUCCCAUGGACACACCAGUCUGUGAAGUGAUUGACGUCUCUUCUGAGGAAGAUACGAGUAAAGUUCAAUACACUUUAUAUGUUGGCGCAAUGUCCACUUCGGUGCAAAUACUUGCAGAAAGAUUUCUGAACGGGCUUAUCUAUGAUGAACAGUCUUUGCUUUUUAAAGUGACUGACAUGUCGCCCAUCACUUUCGACAAAAGCUACCAACCCAUAGUGGAACAAAGAGAUGAAGUUUCUUUAAUAAGACAAACUAUUAAAGCACAUGGGAAUAAAGAUUUUUUGGAUACAAUUUCUACUCUUAUUCUAGAUGCAAAAUACGACAAUCAUCUAAAUAACGGAUCGAAAUCCAAAUAUAAUGCUCGUUUUGAUGUGGUAUCUCUUAUAAGUAAGAAAACUGAAAUACUUAUUGACAAGGAUAAAAUUGAAUUAAGUCGGGACUUUCGCGAUAAAAUCUAUGCGGCUGCCAAUAUGCAAAAUCUAUCUAAUUUAAAUCGAACCAAAGAAAUUAUCAAAGUAUUAAACAAAUUUGGUUGGUAUUUCACAAAUCACUUUGAUCUUGGUGGACGCUUGGAUGUCAGUACAGUCUCAAAUGAAAAUGAAGGCUCUGAGGAAAUGAGUGGCAUUGAUAAGUUUCUACAAUUCUUCAAAGACAUAUGGAAUGCAAUCAUUAGUUUCUUCGGUUUCGAAUCAGAUGACACUGACGAGAAUAAGCUUGAUAAUGUGGAAGCAAAAUUGGGUACCCAAUGGAAUAAAUUGGGUGGAAAUGUUGUUAUAUCUAAGCAAGAUAACUCAGAAUUCACUGAAAUUGAACAUGUCACUUCCACAGUGAAGGGAGCAAACGAUGUCGAGUCUUUCAAGCAUAAUUUGGAUAACGACCAAAAAUGGACAAUAAUUUCAGCGAAAAACAUUAUUCCAACUUGUAAGAUUUUCUUUAAAAAAGAUGCCCAUCUAAUGGGCGAAAUUAGACGUUUGAUUGUUACCUACGGAGAUAAUUCAAGGAUUAGGGAGCUACAACCUAACAUUAAUAUGGUUGAAUACGUCAACGAUUUGUGGUCCGACUACGUUAUACCGUUUUAAUAAAACUAACUUUAUUAACUAUUUAUUAAUAUAUUAUUAUAUUUUCGAAAUCUCAAAAUCUAUUUAUAAUAUAUAUGUAAAUAGAUAUAUAAUAAGAUUAUAAUAAAAUCUCAACGACUUGAGAGGUAUUAAAUAUCA